CCUAUAGUUAGUUAUGUCUCUUGGUCAUUCAGUUGAGAGACAAUAGUGGGUCAACAAACAUAUUACAACCACAGAGUAAAAUUAGAGAGAAAUGACAACCUCAAAACAACAACAAACUCUCCAUAAAAAACUGUAAAGCUUUCCCUUAUAAAACACAGCCCUGUAUGCCCUAUACAUACAUAGUCAUCUCUAAAACCAAAACCAUAUUUCCAUACAAACAACACAGAAAGAAGAAAAGAAAACAGGAACAAUGGCCAAGUCUCUCAAGGCUAUCAUCUUCCUUGCCUCUGCCAUUUGCUUAUUGUCCCUCUUUGGGAUCACAAAUGCUGAGCCUACUUUUGAUGUGGAGGGCACGGUGUAUUGUGACACAUGCCGUACCCAAUUCCUCACCCGAGUCAGCAAGUUCAUGAAAGGUGCAAAGGUGAGAUUGGAAUGCAGAGUCCGUGAAGGCGGGGAAUUAACCUACAGCGUGGAGGGUGAGACCGACGCGGAUGGAACUUACCGUCUCGCUGUAACAGGAGACCAUGAGGAGGAGGUUUGCGAGGUUGUGCUCGUUAAAUCUAGCAUGCCUGAAUGUACAGAGGAAUCCUCAGCUGAGUUCCUCAGGAAGUCUGCUAGAAUUAGCCUCACAACCAACAAUGGCAUCUUGUCUAAUGUUCGCACCGCCAAUGCUCUCGGCUUCAUGAUUAAGGAUCCCAUUCCUGAGUGCACUGAGGUACUCAGGGAACUCGGAAUCACCUCCGCCGGCCUCGUUUAAAUCACAUGAUCAAUCAAUCAAAUCCUUUCCGCCUUAAAAUUAUAAAUAAAUCUCUCUUUCGCAGACACAUUAAUGGAGACCAACAAGUUUGUAUUACAUCUGUUCUUCCAACUAAGGCAUUAUGUCUGUGUUUGAUGUAAUGCGCUCACUGUAACGGAAAUUUUACAAGAAAUGCAAAAGGGAUUCUGAUA